CGUUGUUUACGUCUUUCGCGGAGAGUUGCGCGGGAAACAUGUACACGUGGGUUGCAUAAGUUAUUACAUGUACAUGUACGUCAGCUGAGUCGGUUGACAGUUCGCUGACAAUCGAGUGUCAAGUGCUGAUGAUCGGGCGUUUUCGUGUUAACAUUGCUCACUGUAAUCUUCGAUUUGGUGUACAUUAUAUCCGUCAGAAAAUGAAGAGAAAGUCAACUCGUUCAUCCGCGGUAAGUCAAAGGAAAGAAUCGUCGAAUUCUGAAUGUAAUUCAUCCGCCGGCGAGGACGAAAAGACUGGACUAGAGGACGAUGGCGAUUUCUUGCCUGAUGGCAAAUCUCUCAGGAAGAAGAGGAAAGUUUGUACUGAUUCUUGCGCCGAAGGGGAUCAUACUCCUCCAAAUCCCUUUCACUUCUUCACCGAGGAGAAAGACAUUACCCAGUUCCGUCGGGAUCUCUUGAAGUGGUAUGAUGCUAACAAAAGGGACCUGCCAUGGAGGAAAUGGGCAGACCAUGAAGAUCCCAACCAACGAGCCUACGCUGUCUGGGUGUCAGAGAUCAUGCUGCAACAGACGCAAGUAGCUACGGUGAUAGAUUACUACAACCGAUGGUUGGCUAAAUGGCCUACCCUGGAAGACCUUGCCAUUUCUGCAACACCAGAGGAGGUGAACGAGAUGUGGGCAGGGCUCGGUUACUACUCUAGGGGAAGGCGGUUGUACGAGGGAGCCAAAAAGGUCAUGAAGGAUCUCUCUGGCACGAUGCCGAUGACGGCGGAGUCACUCUUGAAACAGCUGCCGGGAGUGGGGCGAUACACGGCAGGGGCUAUAGCGUCCAUCGCAUUCAAAGAGCCGACUGGAGUGGUGGAUGGCAACGUGAUCAGGGUGUUUUGCCGAACAAGAUCCAUUGGUGCUGAUUCCACAAGUCAAACAGUCCUUUCGGCAAUUUGGUCCUUGGCCAAUACCUUGGUGGACCGGGAGCGGCCAGGCGAUUUCAACCAAGCCCUGAUGGAGCUUGGCGCAACCGUCUGCACUCCGAAAGCGCCCUCCUGUGCCAAGUGCCCAGUCAGUCACCUCUGCAGGGCUUUUCAGCACGAAGAAAAUGUUAAGAGAGUUGUUAAGGAAAGACUCGAAGAAAACUUUAUUGGGAAAGGCCCGGCUAAAUCAUGUUCUCUACCGGACAUUGAGUGUGCUGCCGAUAACUGUCAGCUCUGCAUACCAGCCAGCGAUGAUUGGGACCUCAAUCAAGGCGUCAUGAACUUCCCCCGUAAACCUCGAAAGAAACCCCCUCGACAAGAACAGACAGCUGUUUGCAUCAUUCAGAAGAAGUAUAAAGAUGACGUAUCAUCUGAGUAUCUCCUCGUUCAGAGGCCAGAAAAAGGUUUGCUCGCCGGACUGUGGGAAUUCCCAAGUGUCAGGAUGGAAGAUCAUUGGUCAGUUUCUGAACGGGUCAAAGCCAUUGAUGCUUUCCUUACAAAGGAUCUGGGAAUGAAUAUGAAUGAAAAGCGUGACAGGCGCACCAUCGGAGAGGUGGUCCAUGUGUUCUCACACAUCGAGCAGACGUAUUGCGUCGAAACCUUCGGUAUUAAAGAAUCUGACGUCACAUUGCAGACCACUGGUGCAACUCGGCCUUGCAGGUGGCUUUCAGCGGAAGAUUUUAGGACGGCAGCUGUCUCCACAGCCAUGAAGAAGUGUUUUAACGCUUACCAGACAUCCAUCCACCCUCCAAAGGUAAAUCCCAAGAAAAUCAAAUUUGAUUCAAGCGGUUCAGGAGACAGUAAAAAGCAAUCAGCUUUGGACGCUUUCUUCAAACCGGUGCCGAAGAAGAAAAGAUGAUGAAAGUUGGACAUUGAACCUCGGGCCAGUAACUUGACUGACAUCAGUAGACAGUCGCAUCCUGAACACAGGUCACAAACAGUAUAAUUGAUAUGUCAUAUUUAAGAGUUAAAAAAAUUCCAUGAUUGAUGGAUCCAUCUUCAGUCUUUCUACAGGGUUGAGUUUUUGUUGUCUUUUUUUGGCAUGAACUCUCUGGUUUCUCAGUCCUCCACUGGAAUAUUUCAGAAGGUGAAGAGGACGAUCCAUAGGAAUGCUUCAUCAUCCUUCAGUCUAGAAACUUCCAUCCAGGAAAUCUUUGAGAUAAGGUUAAGGGUAGAAAUCAGUUGGUACUUGGUCAAGCUGUCCUUUGAAGCAGAAGUCUUCGCAGAUGCCAAUGUACAUGUACGGUGUACAUGAAAGUUGAUUAUAAGUCCAACUCUUUUAGCGUGUAAAUAUUUUUGGGGAACCGAAAAUAUUUAGCCGUUGCUAACAAAAUGUGGGCUGUUCGACAUGAUUGAAUUAUCUUUAAAAAUAAAAAUAGUGUUGCCCAAAACAAUGAAUUUGUCUCCAUUUCUAUAUAAGCCAUCAAUGAGAUCUUUAUUUUGAUGCUUUCAAACAAAUAUUAGUAAAUAAGCAAAGCACUUCUUUCACACUGAACAAUAAUUCCAAAUAUUUCCAACACCAGACAAUAGUACAAAUGUAUUGAAACCGAGGCCUAAAGUAAAACUUCUUUCCCCUUACCGAUUUGUUUAGUAACAAACCAUCUUGUUUCAUCUCCUUGAGGUUGAGCAGCUGCAAUUUUUCACUGAUGCAAAAUUUGCCGGCCGACCUUACCGUCAAUUACUCUGUGUAUGUACACUGAUUUCAACAAAAUGGUUGCUAGCAUUUUCACACAAGUGUAUUUACACCAACUGAUUAUGCAUACAUUUAUCUUCUCCCUUGAAAAAAGUAAAAUUUUGUUUAAAAUAUUUUUAAUUUAUUAGAUCUGAAUUUGCACUAACAUCAGCUUUUUCUAUCCUGAAUUUUUCGAUGAGGAACUCUUUUGUGGGUUAAGGGGGAUGUUUAAUUUUGCAUAUAAGAAACUGAUUGAUUAAGUCUCCAAAAUGAACUAAUUUUCUAUUAAAGAAGGUAGUGUGCUGUCCAAAAAAUGGAUUCAUACGACACAGGCACUGAAAAUUUAUUUUCGGAUCAGAUAACUCAAGCUGUGUCAUGGCGAUUGAACUCUCGCUUUGUUUUUUCCCAAGAUUCCCCAACUUAAGUCUUGAAAAUUCACUCUGAAUUAUUUUUCCCCUCCAUAUGUUUCACAAAAUUUUCACAGUUCUCUUUUUUAAAAAAUCACGAAAACGUGUUCCAUGUUUAUCAAAAGUGUCCAGCUCUAGAGCCACUCCCAGUUUACAGUCUUUACAGAUAUUAAAGAUGGAUCUUUGCCCUAGAGCAAAAGUUGAAUCACCGAUGCAGCGCCCUCCCUUUCCAUUACAGCCUCAGUUCGAUUCUGUUUGCGCGUCGUCAGUGAGCAGUUUUCGUCUGUUCCAUCCUUUCCUUGCGUUGACCUUCCUCGCUGCCGAACACCGUCAGACCUGCGUCAAGGAGACGCUUGUUUGCAGCCGCGGACGUGGGUGGCGCUGCGUCAACCUGGGUCCUGCCUUCAGACCGACGUU